GGGCGGAGACAGUGCAUUGAAAACACAGAACGUUUGAAAUUAGCUAAAGACGCGGUUUGAUACACGGGGUUUCCCUCCACAAAUCAUCCAGAGACAUGAAGGAAUUACAUUUUGCACAUAUAUGCAGUGGACUCCGGUGACAAAGACUGUGUUCCACUCUUCAAAGGUAUUCCUUCCAGUGGAAAAGACUAGUUUCCAAAACAGCCAUGAAACCGCAAGGUGAAGAUGAGAAUCGGCAUCUGGGCACAUUGCUGUUCAACACCCUGGAAAGAGAAAUGCGUCUGUGGAGGGCACCAGUCCUGAGGAAUGGUUGCAUUCAAGGUUCAGAUAUCAGUCCAUCUCAGUACCAGGAGGUGAUUGUGUGGGUGCAUGAAAUGAGCAGCAUAUUCCAGUUUUGCUUGGAGACUUUUGCUUUAGGAGUGUGUGUUCUCAACCGCUUGCUUGCAACAGUCAAAACUCAGCUGAAAUAUCUCAAAUGCAUGGCCAUCACCUCACUGAUCCUUGCUGCAAAAAUCAAUGAAGAAGUUGAGGUGAUUGCAUCGGUUAAAGACCUGCUGGAGCAAAGCGGAUGCAAAUUCUCAAUAGCAGAGAUUCAUCGCAUGGAGCGAAUCAUAUUAAUCAAGCUGCAAUGGGACCUAUACAUCGCAACACCGAUUGAUUUCAUUCACAUCGUGAGUAUCAACUGACAUGUUCAAUUUCUUGUAUUAAGACCAGAACUUAACAGUACAAAAAGCACAAGAGAACAACCAUUUGAGGUGGUCAUUGCUAACAUUUGCAAAAACUGAUAUUUUGUGCAUGUGAAAAUCAGCAGCCGCAUGUGAUUGUACGAACCUUCAUCAUCACCAGCAAGCUAUCUUUAGCGUGCAGUGCAUACUAGGCCAAGGCACUAAUCUGGCUUGUACUGAAGCAGUAAAGCAGUUAGAUAACCCUGCAAAGAAAAGGAAACAUUUUUUUCUUUUGUAUUUGCUCUCUGAUACAAAUACACCCUCAGAAAUAAGAAUUCUUUCAUUGGAACACUGAAAUGUCUUGCCUUCAUUGUGGAAGGGUUGUGCUCCUGAAUUUUAGUUGAGGCAACAAACAUGAUGCAGAAUCGAAAUUUGAAUUUAAGGAAGUUGGAUUAAAAUGAUAAAAAUAAAUUUAAACAAAUCUUUAAGUGCUGAAUGAUUAAUCCCCAAUCAAAAGGCAAUUUUUUUUUUUAGUUUUUUUUUACUUCGUAUGGAAGAAUACAUUAACUUUUCAGAUAAAAUUACCCAAAAACAUGUUAUCCUACAACAUGAGGUAUUUCCAAAAAUAUUAAUAAUUAAAGUUUGAGGGGGGCCUAGGUAGCUCAGUGGUGAAGACGCUGGCUAUCACCCCUGGAGUCGUGAGUUUGAAUCCAGGGUGUGCUGAGUGACUCCAGCCAGGUCUCCUAAGCAACCAAAUGGGACCGGUUGCUAGGGAGGGUAGAGUCACAUGGGGUAAACCACCUUGUGGUCGCAAUAAUGUGGUUUAGAUCUUGGUGGGGUGUUGAGCGUAGAUGUCACAGUGGAUGUCGUGAAGCCAAGCGCUGUGUCUCCGUGGGAACGUGCUCCACAAGCCACUUGAUAAGAUGUGCAGGUUGGCGGUCUCAGAUACGGAGGCUACACGACUACGAGGAUUUAAAAAAAAUUAAUAAAAUCUCAUUGGGAAUUUGGCAUUCCAAGUUGAUCCAGAAUAAGCCAUAUUUAUCUUGGAAUUGCAUCCUUUUUCCAGCUCAAAUUCCUAUUCAACAUUCUAUGGAGCAAAUUCAAUUCAAAUUCACACUCCUGAAUUAAAAAUAAUCAAAUUCUUAAAUUCCAUAUUUUGGCCAACCCUGCUUGGUGAGGUUGUUAAAAUGGCAUACCGUAUGAAUGUGUUGGUUUGUUUUUUUGGCACGAGUUAGUGUGACUGAGUUGGCUGUGGCAUUUGUCCAUGAUUAAAAUCAGUCAAACCAUCCUUUAAAAUGGAAUUCAGGUGUUUUGCACCCAGGGUUUCAAUGCACCAUGUAUAAAUUAACAAUUUGUUGAAUGGCUGUUUUGGCACAACACAGAGAGCCAUUAAAUUGCCAUUACAAAUGUAAAGAACAGGGAGCAAGACCCCAUUUAAAACACUUCUGUUAUUUUAAAAUAAUUUCUCGCGAAUGAUCCUGAAAUAAAAAAUUACUUUUAGUAAAGAAAAAAAUAAAAUAAUUUAGGAAAUAUGUGAAACUCACAAAACCUGUUUAGAACAUGUGCAGGUCAUAUUUAAUCCCCAAAAUAAAAGUAAUAUUUUACUUUAAAUGAAAUAUUAAAAUUCUCUUAUCAUGUACUCAUCCUCAUACCAUCCCAGAUGUGUAUGACUUUCUUCUACAGAACACAAAUGAAGGUUUUUAGAAGAUUAUUUCAGCUCUGUACAUCCAUACAAUGAAAGUGAAUGGUGAUCACAACUUUGAAGCUCCAGUAAGGCAGCUUAAAAGUAAUCCAUAUGACUCCAGUGGAUCAAUUAAUGUCGUCUGAAGUGAUCCAGUUGGUUUUUGGGUGAGAACAUACCAAAAUAUAACACUAUAUAGCUAUUUUGUUCCAAUUCUAAUCUUUGUAUUGCAGUCUCUAGACACGAUCAUGAUUUGAAGCUUGAUUGCACAUCCUAGUGUAAUCGAGCUUGAAGUCAUGAUUGCCAAGGAGACUGCUGAUGUCACAAACCCUUGUUUGUGUUCAGCAGAAGUAAGUCAUGAAAAUUUGGGAUGAGUAAAUUAUGAGAAUUUCCAUUUUUGUUUGAACUAUCCCUGUAAGAUAUUCAAAUUAUUUUAAAACUAUUAUUUUCAUGACAGUUGAGCAUAGAAUUCUCAGUACCAUAGUGCAACAACAAAACAAAAAUAAAUCUAAUUUUCAUCAAUGUGAGUAGACUUGGUAGUCCAUGGUAGUAUUUGUUGUACUGCCUUUUUAAAUAUAAUUUUUUUUUACUUUGAAAAUAAUGACAAUGCAAAAAAAUGCUUAAUUGUCUUCAAGCAAAAUAUAAUUUCUUUUUUUUUUUUCCUUUUUGAUUUUGAGGAGAAAUGUGACCUGGACAUAUUUUCACAUGAUUCGCCAACAUAGGUCAUAUAUAGAUAUCUAAUGUCUAUAACACUUAGAAUAAUUACAUAUAAUUGUUUGUGAAAUUAAAAAAAUCUAAAAGCAUACAAAAAUAAAUUUCCAUAAAACAAUAUCCAUCAUUUAGAAUCCCUUGAAUAUCUUCCUGCAUAAGGUCCAUGUGACAUAUUUAACAAAGCAUUCCAAAAGGCAACAUGUACAACCCUGAACUCAUGAACAAUCACAUCAUUCCUAUUCAAAUGGCAUGGCUUUUUCUUUUCCCGAGAGGUUUAACAUAUAACGUGUCAACAUGAAAUCUGAAUUGACACCAUUUACUUUCUUAAUGCACAUUCCUGGUCUUAUUUAUCUGUGCACAUUAUUCAAAUAAGAUGUUUGUAUUUGUAAUCUUUCAUCAACAUGUAAAACCUUGCUCCAACACUGUAAAUACCAGGGCUGUCAAUUAAUUCAAAUCUUUAAUCAAAUUAAUUACACGAUUGCAAUUAAUGACACACAUUAGCUUAAAAAAGGUACUCCAAUGAAGAUAAUUUGAGAUGUUAUGCUACAUUAUUAGAGUCAAUUAUAGACUGAGGGGCCAUUCACUCAGGAUGCAUGCUUUAGUUCCGUCUGCACUAUUUUUAACAGUCUUUGGACACAUGCAUCAGAUGAAUGUUCUUGCUAGUUGAACCGUGUCUCACUGUUUUAUUCAGUGUCUUGCAUCACAAGUACUUUUUUUUUUUUUUUUUUUUAUAAAGAUGUUGUGUUAAGUUAAACCACUUCAACUUCUACAAUCCAUUGUUCUUUGUCAAACCGUUUUAAACGGCUCCUGUCUAAUUCUGUGCUGCAUGCUAUCAGUAAGAGUGGUUUCAGGUGUUCAUUGUGUAUUUUUAUAUAAUUAAUUUACUAAAUGCAUUAAAUUAACAGCCCUAUUAAAAUCUUCAUGCCAUUUUGUUAACUUAACAAUAUUUCCUGCAUUAAAGACAAACCCAACUGUUAUCUGGAUUGAUGUACAACCAUGAACAUAACAUAGCUCUUCAGUAAACUAAGCCAGACCAAAUGUCUUGUUAUAUUUAAAAACAUGGGGCCUUGUUUAUCAAACACAAGCAGAACAGAUUUGUAUGUAAAAAAAUAAAUACAAAUUAAACCAUUCAAUUGGACAAUUGAAUUGUAUAGGAGAAUACAUUUUAUAAAUUAAAAAAUUAUUUCCACACAUAUUUGAUCCCUUUGCUUCUUUGAUUACAUUGUGUCCUAACCAGACAUGAUGUGAUUUAAAACGAGAAGCAAGAAGAGGUAUCUCUUCCAUGUAAAUCUGUGUCCUAACCAGCCACAACUGCGAUUGAGCGACAGGGCAUUUUGUUGAAUGUUUAGGUUCAACAGAGCACAAUCCCAUUUAUUUUCCAUUUAGGUGACUUGAUCAUUAACGAUAACUCUGAGGUUGUUAAUCAGUGCUAAAUGUUUCUAUUGAAGCCAUCAGUCCACAUUAUUUCAACUUGUUGUUUUUAGAAAUCGUGUUUAAUAUCAGAUUUCUUAGUGAAGAACUACGCUACCCAUAAUCUUGAACAGAGUUCCACCAAUCAGAGAAUUGCAGCAAACAAGUGCACCACAAGAGCUCUGCAGCGAUCGAGCCGGUCUUCCUACGCUUUCAAACUGCUUGUAUAUUUGCAAAUAAUUUGCAAUGUUUCAUGGGAUUGUAGUUCAUUCAGUCUUGUGCCUUUUUGUCUUUUUUUCUCUGAUUUUCAUAUCUUUUUUUCCUUCAAAUCAAAGUUUGUAAUGUUGUAAUCCACCUUGAAGCUGGUUGGUUUGGAUCAUGGCUUUCAACUCUUAUGUUUUAUGAAAUUCUUAUGGACCUCCAGAACCAAGAUGACUAGAAAAAUUGGGCCAGCGCUGUUUUUCUGCGGUGUCACGCCUGGAAGCCCCUCCCACUGUGAACUUUCAUUGGUCCAAAUUCUGCUCCUCAUAGCUGUACAGUACAAAUUAAAUAUGUUCCUAUUGGUUGUGAUUGUGCCAUGUCACGCAGCAGUUUUCUGUUCAGUAUGGACAGAUAUAUUGCUUGUCACUGUAAUCUUAUCGUGUCUGGUUAGGACGUGAUGUAAGGCCCGUAGAGACUAAAGAACACUGCACAUUUUACAUUUUCACAUCCCACUCAUGAAGGGUUUCACACAGAAAUGAUUUGUCAAGAAAGUCAAAUACAGACCCACACUUCUGCUUUAGGAUUUUGGUGUUGACAGUGGCAUUGCCUCCAUUGGUUAAGCUUUUAUUGGUUGAUGUUUA